ACUCUUGUGUGCCUCCGCCUCUAGAUCUUACUUAAUCGACUAGUAUCUUCUGCUGCAACAUAUUCACCGCAAAACACCAAUCUUUCCUUUAAAGAUGUUUCUCUGGAUCUGUCGCAUAGGGAAAAACACUAACAUGGCCUUUUCUUUCAUCUAGCGACAGGCACCUUUUGCAAUUAUGGAGGCUUAAAUGGUGGAGAGUUUUGGGGGGAAGGAGUCUUUCCCCUCAAAGUUGAUGGACUUUUUGGCUGGACAGUACAAAGAACUGAAGGAUUUGCCUUUUGUAAAAUACGAUACACACAUUACAGGUUAACUUAUUUUUGAGUCAACUGGAAUAUAUUUGUAUGGUUUUGUACAGAAUGUUUUUUAUUUUCUUUGAUGCAAAUGAUUGUUCCAAAGGUUUUGUCGAAUGUGUUGCUGAGAUGGUGGACUGAGAUGAGGUAGAUCUUCUCUCUGGGGCCGCUAGGGUGCCGUGGAACCUCAACACACGCACAACUCUAGCGCCCUGAAAUUCACAGCAAGGCUAAACAUAUUCCCUGUUUUUUCAUUCUGUUUUCCUUAAUUUAUUGCUAGAAAGUGUGAGAAAUCUGAGCUCAAGCUUGUGGGUGUUUUGGAUAACUCUGGUGUUGUAACUCUGCUAAAAUGAAUCUGGGAAGCCCGGACUGCACACCGAAGUGCCGUUCUGAAAGGCACGCUGAUGAAGUGAUCGCCGCUUUGACCAGCGGUUCGGAGGGGCGUCUGCGGGGCUUUCUCUCUGUCCACUGUCACAACGCAGCCACCCUGCGGGAUGAGUUUGGGCGCACGGCUCUACACCUCGCCGCCUCUCUGGGGAAACGGGACCUGCUUCAGUGGCUCCUGGACCGUAAACAUGCCGACCUGCUGGCGAAGGACAAGGAGUCUGGGUGGACCGCAUUACACCGCAGCGCCUUCUAUGGGCAAAUUCACUGCCUGAUGACGCUCAUCAAGCAUGGUGGAGGGCUGUCCAUCCAGGACAAGGAGGGUCUUUCUGUCCUAGACCUCACCAUGAAGGACCGCCCAGCUCAUGUUGUGUUCCGAAACACUGACCCUACUGAAGUGUACACUUGGGGAAACAACACAAAUUUUAGUCUCGGACAUGGAAACCAGGAGAGCAGACACCAUCCUGAGAUCGUGGACCUGUUCUCAAGGUCUGGGAUCUAUGUGAAGCAGGUGGUGUUGUGUAAGUUCCACUCGGUCUUCCUGUCCCAGAAGGGUCAGGUGUACACAUGUGGACACGGACAGGGCGGACGACUUGGACAUGGUGAUGAACAGACAUAUCUGGUUCCCCGAAUGGUGGAGGGUCUUUUGUCCCAUCACUGCUCGCAGAUUGCAGCGGCCCGAGAUCACACUGUCGUUCUGACAGAGGAGGGGUACGUCUACACUUUUGGGCUCAACACCCAUCAUCAGCUGGGUCUGGCACCUCCUCCUGCUUCCAGCCAAGUUCCCAAACAGGUCACAUCUAAGUCCCUGAAAGGGAGGUCCGUGAUUGGUGUUGCAGCCGGCAGGUUCCACACUGUUCUUUGGACCCGAGAUGCGGUUUAUACCGUAGGAUUAAAUGGUGGCCAACUUGGUUACCUGCUGGAGCCCAACGGAGAGAAGUGCGUGACUGUUCCUCGACAGGUGUCCGCUCUGCACCACAAGGAUUUGACCAUCACUAUGGCGGCAGCGAGCAAUGGGGCCACUGUGUGUGUGACCGAAAAGGGAGAUGUGUACCUGCUGGCAGAUUACCAGUGCAAGAAACUGGCCUCCAAACAGAUGAACCUGAAAAAAGUGCUAGUGAGCGGUGGUAGUUUAGAUCAUCGAAUUGAUUCUCAGCUUCUGCAUGAUGGUGGAGGAGAGAAGCUGGUGAUUCUGGCUCUCGAUGAAACUGGAAGGGUGUUUUGCUGGCGCUCCACGGGCACGUCAGUGAGGCAGUGUCGCUGGGCUUAUGGACGACAGGUCUUCAUGUCAGACAUCGCCCUGAGUAAGAACAGCAUGAUGUUUGUUACUCAGGAUGGAGAGGGCUUCAGUGGACAGUGGCUGGGACAGUACAAGAAAGCCGUAGACAAAAAAGAUACCAUGGAGGUGUCCGGCCACUCAGACGGAGGAGUUGUUUAUGAACGAAUCCGUCUGGAGAAGCUUCAUUACGUCCACAGAGCCGUCAGCAUCACCAUGGAUUCGAACGGACGAAACUUCGGAGUAUUGCAAGCCGAUCCCAAAACCAGCUUGUAUGAAGUUCCCACCACCUCUGGGUCCACAUUCUCCCAGCACUUCCAGCGCCUCCUGUCCGAAGCCGAUGAGACCGACAGCAUCCAUGACGUGACCCUGCAGGCUGGCGAUCGCACCUUUGCAGCGCACAAAUACAUCCUGUCCAUGCGCUCGGACUUCUUCCGGAAAUUUCUCCUCCCCGAGGGCUGCAAAGAGGGAGAUGGAGAGGUGAAGAAAGGGGAAGAUGCAGUGGGCUGUGACUUGCUGGUUCUGGAGAAGGUUCCUCCUGAGAUGCUGGAGCACGCGCUUCACUUCAUCUACACCGACUCCUGUGAGAUGCUGGUGCAUGGGAGCCGGCCCAUCAUGCCCCGCUCUGAUCCCGAACCACAGCAGCAGCUCAUCCACAGUCUCCAGGCUUUGGGUCUGGAGAACCGCUCUGCUCUGGAGGUGUACCGCUCUCUGCCUGCGAAGACUUGUGAGGAAGCAGAAAAACCCAAGGGUAAAAACACUAAGUCUGGGAAAAAAGCCAAGAACGGAAAUAUUGGUCAACCUGGACAAAACCCUGUGAAGAUGCUGCAGGGAGUCGCCAAAAAACUGGGCUUGGGGAGUCUCUCCGCACGGCUUGACGGAGUGAAGUUUGAAAAUGGGAAGAUCAGUGUGGCGCAGAAGAAGACGGGCAACAAGCUACGACUCAACCAGAAAAAAUGCUUGUAUCUCUGUGAUGUCACACUGCGCUCUGAAGAUGGGAAAGAGUUUCCCUGUCACAAAUGCGUUUUGUGCGCUCGGCUGGAGUACUUCAACAGUAUGUUGGGCAGCCCCUGGAUAGAGGCCACCAGCUGCACUGCGCUCGACAUGCCCACCACCUCUGAUGUCCUGCAGGUCAUUCUGGAGUACAUCUACACAGACGAGUCUCCCACUGUCAGAGAGUCUGUGAAUGUGGAGUUCGUGUGUAACGUGCUUGUGGUGGCUGAUCAGCUGUUGAUCACUCGGCUGAAGGAGAUCUGCGAGGUCGCCAUCACUGAGAACCUGACGCUGAAGAACGCAGCAGAGUUGCUGGAGUUCGCCACCGUGUUCAACGCUGAUCAGCUCAAACUCUCCUGUCUGCAGUUCAUCGUCCUCAACAUGGCGGCGCUGCUGGAGUCCAAAUCGCUGGAUAUCCUGAGCGAUGACGUCCUCCGGGAUCUAACAUCUGCGUACAGGAGGAUGAUCCCAGCCAUGCAGAGACGCCUCAUUACGCCGUACGCCGACGCUCCUGAUCUCAGCGCCUAUGAGGACGGAGACUGGGACUCUGCUGUGGACUGUAAGAGCGGCUCUGAAGCCGAUCACUCCAGUGAUAUCCUGCUGAAGAAGGCCAAGAUGAGGGCUAAGAGGAAACCUCGGCGCCGCUCUGACAGCUUUGGCGGAUACAACCUGUCUGAUGUCAUUCAGAGCUCUCCUACUGACGUCACCCACAGCCCGCACACUACAGGUCUGUGUGGUUCGGUGAAGGCCAGUUCAGUGGAGUCUCUGCAGGAGCUCAUCACGUCUGACUCGGAGGGCAGUUAUAUGGAGGUGGGAAGCCCUCGAGACCUGCCGUCCCCCGUCUUCCAGGACAGGCCUGAUACACAGGAGGAGAGACGUGGACCAGUGGGACUAAAGACACCUCCUGGCAACCCUGUUCUGCAAAAUGGCCCCAUUCCCACUAAUUCUUCCACCCCUGAACCCAUCCCGACAGUCAAAGCAAGUCUCUCCAGACCAGCUCCUGUCCUGGACCUCAGGGCCAUCAUGGAGAUGGAGGCCAACUCACUGAACCUGGGUGCCACAGCCAAAGGUCCCAGCUCAUCGAGCAGCAGUAAAGCUGCGGUCACUCCCAGUAAGAUGUCUCAGAAGCAGAGGAAGAUGAUGGCUCUGGCGUCCAGAGAGGGAAGCACGGAGAUCACGUCUGCGAAAUCACCACCAUCUGUUACUCCAGUGAAACCUGUGAAGACCUGGUCGACAGCAGUUCAGUCCCCGCCCUCUUCCCGUUCCUUCCGGGAUCUUUUAGUGGAGGAGGAACAGCGUGGGAAAGCCUCCUCAGUUUCCCCAGUGAAGGCCAGGAGUCCAGUGGCCACUGCAGGACCCCCGAUGUGUGCCAAAAGAGUGACCUUUAAAUGUGCCGAGAGCAGCGACCCGGAUAAACCCGCGAGCCCUUGGGUGCUGAGAGCAGCUGGAAGCCCUCCGUCCACCUCUACAUUUGCCUCCAUUGUGGAGGAGGAGAGAAAACAGGAGGCGGCCCUGAUCCGCAGCCGCGAGAAGCCGCUAGCGCUCAUACAGAUUGAAGAACGAGCCAUUCAGGACCUGUUACUCCAUUACAAGGCCGUUAAUAACCCAGAGGAGCUGAUAUUGGUGGAAAGAGCGCCACAAGGUCCAAUCGCCACCCCCACCUGGAACAAGCGCUGAUGCUAACACAGCGUUACCGUAACACUAUCACAUCACGCUUCAGUUUCAGCCAGUGUUAAGCUGCAUCACAAGCCGUGUUCUGUUUCCCAACGCAAGUUCUCUUAGACUGCUUGCUUUUUCUUUCUGUCCGGUUUUCUUCGUUUAUUUAGCUGUUUUCUCUUGGACCGACUGGAACGUGAAGUGUAAUCUAUUGUUCUCAGCUCCGAAGAGUCGCCGCAUGUGCCAAAGGAUGUUUGUAUCUCCUCUUCUUCUUUCUUGAUGAUUGUGUGUGUGUGUGUGUGUCUUAUGGAGGCUAGGCACACACACACAAAACUCACCCAUUGUGACAAGAUGAAGAAAACCCAAUCAGCCGUGAAAAGCAAUAAAGACUUUAUUAGGCUGCUCACGAGGUCUGUUGGUUUAAAAGAGGAGAAACUUGUGCUCGACGAAAGGAGCUGAGAUUUACAAAUAUGCAUUUU